UCUAUAUAGCACCAUCAUAAGAAAAAAAAAUUGGAGUAACAAACAAACAGUUCAUUACUCUUUACCAAGAUUGUCAAUUCGGUUUAGCUCGUUGGCCUGAUCGAGCUAGUGGGUUAAGGGUUAAUGGGUUGAUCGACUAACGAUCCUUCCUUCCUUAGUUGGCUUCAUUUUCAGGUGGCUGACGCUGCUCUCCAUGUCGCUUUGACUAACCAAUCUCCUUGUUAUUGCUUCUGUAGUACUGAUUCGAUGGGGAGCUUUGAAAACCCAUAUGUCAACACAAUUUUUUUUGGGUGUUAAUUUGAAAUCAAAACGUGGUUUAGUUGAUAUUAGGGUAAUUAAUGACUCAUAAUUACAUUGACUAAUAGCAAGUUGGUACAAUUUGAUAGGAUCGGAAUAGGCCAAGAGCCCUUCCAAAUUGACUACUUAAUGAUCUCAUAUCUUUAUCUCAUUUCAGAAAGGAUGCAGUAGUUCCAUCAGAGAAACAACCGCCACUAAAAGAAAAUCAAAUAGGUCAUUUUUCAUUCUUCAGGAAUCUUCGGAACCAAAGGGCGGAUUGCUUAGGAUAUCGUUUGAGCCCAUUUUUGUAGUCCACGUAAUUAAUGCCAAAUUGAACCGUGUAUCCCUUCGUCCAUUCAAAGUUGUCCAACAAUGACCAAGCAAAGUAACCUUUCACCCUUGCACCAUCCCUGUAAGUUUUUUAAGAGAAAAUAAAAAAAAUUAUAGAUUGUUAAUAAUAAUUAAUAGGGAACAACAUACAACACAACUUGAAUUUUUAGUGCAUACAAAACAUUUUUAUAGUUGUAAAAAAUAUUUUGGUUGAAAUUAUAGUUGUAAAAUCUAAUUAUAUCUUGACGAUAGAAAUCCACUCUCAGGGUACUGUAAGGAUAUACAAUACACCUUAAAUUUAAUUAGGUCAUUUAUUUAUAUCAUGAUAUAUCUUACUUGAUUGCACUGUUGAGAUAAGCAAGAUGCUGACGAUAGAAAUCCACUCUUAAGGUAUCAUUAAGAGCUUCCGUGAGGCUCAUUCUUUCUUUAUUGACCUCGCCCAUGCCUAUGAAUUAAGAAUAAUUGUUUUCCACAGAGAAAAUGAUGAUUUUGUUAAUCAUGCAAGCAUAUAUAUAACCUUCAAUUUAUUGAGAUCCAACUAUAUAUCCAACACAUUAGCUCACCAUUUUCUGUGAUGUAAAUUAGUGGAUUAUUGUAUUUCUUCUUUGUGUAGAGCACAACAUCUCUAAUUCCUUUGGGGUAAAUGUACUGCCAAGAUACCCCUGCCUGUAAGACAAAUUAGUUAAAGGGGUAACUAAAUCACAUAAUAUUCGGUAUUACCACAUCGUUAAAAAAAUACGUAACAUUUUCUUAAAUAAUUUGCUGCGCAUUUUCUUACAAGAAGAAAACUUCCUUUGCAAUCAAGUGUUAGCGGGUUAUAUAUUUUGGGUUCGUAUGUUUGUAAAUAGUUUUGUACGUGUUUAUACGAGGCCCAGUAGAUAUAGCCCAUUCUUUUGUACGAGUCCAUGUAACCCAUGCAUGGGAGCCCAGACGAGAGCAGGAGGCAUCCCUAGGGUUCGACUCUAGUUCCUUUCUCCCGAUAUAUGUUCUUCCUUUUUCCCUGUAUAGGUUGAGCCGACCGCAUCAGUUUUUGGAUCAUCAGAUUAAUAACAUCAGUAGCUAGAAGAGCGUUCAGAGCUCUUCCGUGGAUUAGUCCUGGAUCACUCCAGGGAUACCACGUAAAUCCGGUGUCAGUGUUCAAGUUAAUUGUUAUCAUUUCCGAUUGAUCAACAUGGUAUCAGAGCUUCCGCCAAUGGCUUCUGAUCGUCCCUCCGUUCGUUUGACUUCUACGAAUUUUGCUCUGUGGGAAUUCCAGUUCCGAGUCUUUGUUGAAGGUCGUGGUAUGCUUGGCAUACUCGAUGGGACCACGCCUCAGCCGCGCCCUACUUUUCCUGCCUCCGAGAUUGAUCAGUGGAAUCAGCGGGAUGCCCGCGUUCGAUCCUGGCUGCUUGAUUGUGUCGAUCCCUCCACAUGCUUGUCUCUCCGUCAGUUCACUACUUCUCACGCGAUGAUGGAGCAUCUGAAAGCAACAUAUUCCACGAUGAAUAUUGCCCGCCAGUUCGAAGUACAGGUGGCUUUGGCCCGCCUUGAACAAGGCGAUCAAUCCGUCACGGACUACUUCAACGCCGCCCAAGAAUUGUGGACCGAACAGGAUAUCAUAGCUGCUGCUCUUCGUCCACAAUCCAUUUCAGCAGAUGCACUAGCCGAACGAAGACAAAAUAGGUUGAUGGGUUUCUUGAUGCGGCUACGGCCCGAAUUUGAAGCUGUCCGCUCUACCUUGCUGAAUCAGGCCGACCUUAAAUUUGAUGGCAUGCUAGGGGUGUUGAUUCGAGAAGAGACUCGAAUGAGAACCCAGGCCCAGCUGGAUGUACGUCCUGGAGCGGGGGAAACCAUUUUUGCUGCGUCCCAAGGAUCUGCCUACGCUGCCGACCGACUUCAAUUCCAACGCCGCACUCCUGCCUCCGAAUUAGAGUGCCAUCAUUGCCAUGAACGUGGCCAUCUGAAGAAGCACUGUCGUGGCUGGAAUUUUUGCGUAUAUUGCAAAAGAACCGGUCACAUAGUGCUCGACUGCCGCACUCGACAAAGGCACGAGGCAAGAGUCACUGGUGGUAUGGCCGCCGCUCCUCCCGGACGCAAUCCGCCAUCAACAGGAUUCUCUUCACGUCCAUAUAAUGGACCUUCUGAUCGCCCAUAUAAUGGACAUGCUGAACGUCCAUAUAAUAGACCUGCUGACCGCUCAUAUAAUAAUCAUAGUGAUCGCCCAGCUUACCUCACCGACGCAAGCAGCAGUGGUAGUGGGAGUCUUUCCGCAAGUGAUGUUGAACAAAUGGUGAACGCAGCCCUCCAAAGAUCUCUCCCUACUGCCAUUAAUGCAGCCUUUGCUACUCUCCAUGGAUCGACAGGUAAGAAACCUCCUUGGCUCCUUGAUUCAGCAUGUUUCAAUCACAUGACUCAUGACUCUAGCUGUUUGACAAAUUUGGAGUCUGUUCGUGACUUGUCUUUGAGGGUUGCUAAUGGUAAUCAGUUACAAGUUAAGGGAGUGGGUAUAAUGAAUGAUUCCAAGCUCAAUUUGCCACAUACUCUUCAUGUUCCACACCUUGUUCCGAAUUUGGUUUCUGUGGGUCAACUAACCGAAGAGGGAUGUUCUGUUUUGUUUGCUCCAUCUGGCUGCUUUAUCCAGGACUUGAAGACGGGGAGGCAGAUCGGAAAAGGGAGUAAACGAGGGAGAAUUUUUCACCUCGAGGAGUUUCGUGGAGAUUCAUCAUCAUCGCCCAUUAGUAGUUCUCUCGAUAGGUCCGUCCAUAGUCCUGUUUCAUGUUUUUCGAGUCAGUCUAAUAAUGCCUGGGAUCUUUGGCACUCUCGUUUAGGACAUCCUCAUUCGAGUCGGUUAGCUAUGAUGUUUAAACAGUCAUUACUUGGCAAAAAUACCGUUAGUAUUCCUGCACAACAUUCUUGCACGAGCUGUGUAGAAGCAAAAACCGUUAGUCGUUCUUUUCCAUCCAGUGACACUGUUAUCGAUCAACCAUUUCAUAUUAUUCAUACUGAUUUGUGGGGUCCGUCCACUGUUAUUUCUCGACAUGGUUUUCGGUAUUUUGCCCUGUUUAUUGAUCAUGCUACACGGUUUACUUGGGUUUACUUCUUGCGUCUUAAAUCGGAACUACGAUCGGUUGCUACUGAGUUCCUGAAAAUGAUUAAUACUCAGUUUGAUCGGCCUGUGAAAAUAGUACGUUCCGAUCCUGGUGGUGAAUUCAGUUCUAUUCCGUUACAUGAGGUUUAUCGGUCUCUAGGCAUUCUCAGUCAAAAAUCAUGUCCUGGCGUUUCCCAACAAAAUGGUCUAGUCGAAAGAAAAAACCGGCAUGUUUUAGAUCUUACCCGUGCACUGCUUCUUGCUUCUAAUGUUCCUAGUCGUUUUUGGCCCGAGGCAGUUGCUACCGCUGUCCGUCUUAUCAAUUAUCAAAUUACUCCGAUCCUGCACAACGUCAGUCCUUUUUAUGCGCUCUAUCAUAAGCAUCCGGAUUACUCUCGUCUUCGUGUUUUUGGAUCCUUGUGUUUUGUUCUUCUUCCUCGGCGAGAGCGUACUAAACUGUCUUCUAAAACUGCUCGUUGUGUCUUCCUGGGUUAUAGUGAUGUGCAUAAGGGUUAUUUAUGUUUUGAUCCUUCAUCUCACCGUAUGCGUAUUGCUACAACCGUCAUAUUUUUUGAACACAUUAUGUUUCACUCGAGUCCUUCGUCCACCCCAAGUUUUCUUCCAUCCACUUUACCCUUACCAUUCUUUGGGCAUAAUGAUGAUGAUGGUCCUGAUCCUCCCGCUGACCCUCCUACUCCUCCCACUCCGCAUCUGUCUUCGUCCGUCACACACACCACGGCCAGCUCGCCUUCCUUCAGCUCUCCAUCCUUGGCCAGCUCGUCCGCUCAAGAGAACUCCCCGGCUACAUCUGCGUCGCCUCCCAGCUCGGCCAGUAGCUCAUCCUCCUCUCCUUUGCAUUCGUCCGCUACUGUCUCAUCUCCAGCUGCCCCACCGCGCCGAUCCACUUGGCUUACUCAAGGUGUACCCCCUCCUAAGUUCAAUGAUUAUUUUGCUUAUGGAGUGGAUUCCUACAUUGUUCCCACUCGCUAUAAGCAAGCUCAAGGUGAUCCUGUCUGGGACUAUGCUAUGAAGCGUGAAUUAGAUGCCUUGCAUGCUAACAACACUUGGACAUUAGUUCCCCGACCUCCUCCUUCCACAUCUGUUAUUGGCUGUCGUUGGGUUUACACCAUCAAGAUGAAUCCCGAUGGUACAAUUGAACGCCAUAAAGCUCGGUUGGUUGCACAGGGUUUUACGCAGGAGCUUGGUGUGGAUUAUAAUGAGACUUUUGCACCAGUGGCGAAAAUGUCUACAGUUCGGACUUUAUUAGCAGUUGCUUCCCGUCAGCAGUGGCCUCUGUAUCAACUUGAUGUGAAGAAUGCUUUUCUUCACGGUGACUUGGAGGAGGAGAUAUAUAUGGAGUGUCCUCCUGGUUAUUCCAUGGGUACUGCAGAUCAGGUUUGUCGUCUCAAUCGCUCUUUAUAUGGUCUCAAACAGGCACCUCGUGCCUGGUUUGAGAAGUUUCAGUCUACUAUACGUGCUCUUGGAUUUCAGCAGAGCUUAAAUGAUCCGUCUCUCUUCACCCGCAAGACUGCUGCUGGUCUCGUGGCCCUCUUGUUAUAUGUCGACGACAUGGUCAUUACAGGUUCUGAUCCGGCUGGUAUUCAGAGUCUUAAAGAGGGUCUCAAUGCCGCAUUUAAUCUCAAGGACCUGGGGGAUCUUUCAUACUUUCUUGGUCUUGAGGUUACUCGGAACUCCAAAGGCCUACUCUUAAGUCAGCGUAAAUAUAUCUCUGAUUUACUGUCUGAUCAUCAUUUUCAGGAUUGUAAAUCUGUUUCUACACCCAUGGAAUCUAAUCUACGACUAGGCCGCACAUCUGGUGAGUUGCUUCAGGAUGCAGCAGGUUAUAGAAGCAUUGUUGGGAGUUUAAUAUAUCUUGCUGCUACUCGUCCAGACAUCUCAUAUGCCGUUCAGAUUGUUAGCCAGUUUAUGGCCUCUCCUCGAACUGAUCAUCUCGCUGCAGUUCAUCGUAUUCUGCGCUAUCUCCAGGGGACUCGUGAUGUUGGUAUGUUCUUUCCUUCCACUGGCUCUUUUGCUUUGAGCGCCUAUUCCGAUUCCGACUUCGCUGGCUGUGUUGAUACUAGACGCUCUACCACUGGCUGGUCUGUUCAGUUUGGCUCUGCUUUUAUCUCCUGGCGUUGUAAGAAACAAGAUAGGGUCUCGAAGUCUUCUACAGAGGCUGAAUACCGCGCUAUGUCCGAUGUUGCUUCUGAGCUUGUCUGGUUGCGUCGUCUACUUCGUGAUCUGGGUGUUCUUUGUUCUCUCCCUAUGGUUCUCUAUGUGGAUAAUACGAGUGCAAUCCGGAUUGCUGUUAAUCCAGUCUUACAUGAUCGCACCAAGCAUAUCGAAAUUCAUGUGCACUACAUCCGCGACUUGGUUGGCGAUGGCACUAUAACUCUUCACUAUGUCCGCACUGAGGAUCAGAUCGCUGAUAUUUUCACCAAAGCCUUCUCCCCCAGUCGCCAUUGGUAUCUCUCGAGCAAAUUGAUGCUUUGUGAUCAGCAUCAAUUUGGGGGAGGCUGUUAGCGGGUUAUAUAUUUUGGGUUCGUAUGUUUGUAAAUAGUUUUGUACGUGUUUAUACGAGGCCCAGUAGAUAUAGCCCAUUCUUUUGUACGAGUCCAUGUAACCCAUGCAUGGGAGCCCAGACGAGAGCAGGAGGCAUCCCUAGGGUUCGACUCUAGUUCCUUUCUCCCGAUAUAUGUUCUUCCUUUUUCCCUGUAUAGGUUGAGCCGACCGCAUCAGUUUUUGGAUCAUCAGAUUAAUAACAUCAGUAGCUAGAAGAGCGUUCAGAGCUCUUCCGUGGAUUAGUCCUGGAUCACUCCAGGGAUACCACGUAAAUCCGGUGUCAGUGUUCAAGUUAAUUGUUAUCAUUUCCGAUUGAUCAACAUCAAGCACUAGUCACUACUUGGAACUUAAUUAAUUUUGUCUGAAUUUAUGUGUAUAAAAAUGAUACAAGAUACCGUUUCACACAUCUGUUUACAAGUUGUUCCGAUUCAAGUCCUCGAGUUAUUGUAACCACCGUUACUAAUUUCCUUCCAUUUAAUGAAGAAGUUAACGAUUGAUUGGAGCAAACAUACCUUUGGGCCGAUGGGGACACCAUUCUUCAUAGCUUCAUUAUUAAUAGCCAACAUGAAACACAUAAGAAGUUGCAAAUAAUUAGUGACAAAAAUGCAUACACAUGAGUUAGGUUUAAUAGUGUAGAUGGUAAUUGGUUUAGUUUCAUUAAAUUGCUUACGUGAAGCAUUGGUUCGAGAAUCAGUCGUUGAGCUUGAGAACAGAGGGUUAGAAGGUGGUGCAUUGGAAACAUAGAAAGUUGUGUAGUAGUUCAACCCCACAAAAUCAAAGGAGCCUUUCAACAUCUUGGAUUCCUCCUUUGAGAAUUUGGGCAAUCGUUUCCCCACGAUAGCUCUCAUCGAUCGUGGAUAGUUUCCUGUGGCCAAUGGAUCCAUAAACCUACAACAAGUGUUCUCACGAUAAUGAUUCAGGUUUCAGAUAUCCAAAAAUUAGAUCUAAUUAUACUAUGAACAAAGCACGUACGUACCAUCCUAGCAUGAAAUCCAUUCCCCGUUGUAUAGCUUUGUGAUCUUGCUUAGAAUCGGAGAGAGGAAUACCCCAUUGCGACACAUGGGCAAUGCCCAUCUCACCCUUUUGUGUUGCCUACAGACGAAAUAUAAUAAACGACAUUAACUUUCGAAAUUUGAGCAUAUCGCCACCCCUUUAGGAAAUUCGGAUAAAGUACACUUUGAAGUAUGUAGAUUGUUUACCUGAUAUUUCUCUCUGUACAAUUUUACGGUCGCUGCAUGAGCGAGGAGGAGGUUGUGUGCAACUAUGUAUGGCUCAGUGGCUGAGUCUCCCCCGGUGCAGUUCAAGUUCAUCCAUCCUGAACAUCGGCCAGGCGCCAUCAUCCCCAUGCCAUAGGCAUACGAACUGUAAGCUAUGGGCUCGUUGAAUGUAACCCAAUGCUGAACUCGAUCGCCAAAGUGCUCGAAACAAACAUCGACGUACCCAACAAAAUCUUUUCUGGGACAUACAUGUAUAUGUUGAUAUAUAACAUUUUGUGUUAGAAAGGCAACAAUGUCGAUUUGACUCUUUAAUCUCAAUAGUUCAAGAGUGAUAAAGGUACUUACACAACUUUAUAGCUAAGGAAGCCCUCAUAUUCGUCUUCAAGGGCUUGGGGAGUGUCCCAGUGAAAGAGGGUAACAAAAGGUUUUAUGCCUGAAAAAAAAAUCAUAAUUUGAGAAAUUAAUUGGUAAGUAGAUGAUAUUAUAUUAACACUUAAUUUUACUACAGCUAAUCAAUUAAGAACCUUAAC